UUAUGAAGAGAAGCACCAACUUCGAAAAUGAAACUGCUGAGAUCUUAUACCAUCUGAAUCCAUCGUUAUCUUGUAGUGGCUAUAAAUUUUGGUUUCCUUGUCAUUUGUACUAGUUUCUCUUGUGGCUGGCUGAGUUGAUUUCACAGAGAAGAAAAAAAAGGAAAGAAUUUUUUUUGAAAAUGGAAACAAGCGAUAAAAUCAGCUUCGGAGUGACUGUGAUAGGAGCAGAAGGUCCAUCUACGUUUCAUAUGGCCCCGAGACCAUCUGAUGAGAGCCCUAACCAGUUUCUUGGCUCAUCUCUGGCUCCCAUGGAAGCUCCAAUGGCUAGUGCAAGCUCGGGGGAUGCCUUGGGGAAGAAGAAGAGGGGCAGACCUCGUAAAUAUGAAGCUAAUGGAGCUCUUUUGCCCAUGCAAAUUUGUUCAUCGGCUCCUCUUGUUAAGAAGAAACGUGGAAGAGGCAAGCUUAAUGGUUUAGAUAUGAAGAUGCAUAAGCGUAUGGGAUUCCAUACUUCUGGUGAAAGGUUUGGGGUUGGUGUUGGAUCAAAUUUCACGCCACAUAUAAUCACAGUGAAUGCUGGUGAGGAUAUUAACAUGAGAGUCAUCUCGUUUUCACAACAAGGACCAAAAGCUAUUUGUAUUUUAUCAGCAAAUGGAGUUAUUUCAAACGUCACUCUUCGCCACCCCGAUUCCUGCGGUGGUACUCUUACCUACGAGGGUCGGUUUGAGAUACUGUCGCUGUCUGGUACUUUUAUGGAAACAGAGAAUCAAGGUUCAAGAGGCCGGUCUGGUGGCAUGAGUGUCUCUUUGGCGGGUCCUGAUGGUCGUGUUGUUGGUGGCGGCGUGGCUGGCCUGCUCAUUGCAGCCACUCCUAUUCAGGUUGUUGUUGGCAGUUUUGUAACGGGUGAUCAGCAAGAACUUAAGAAACCACCAAGGAAGCAACGAGUCGAACAUACUACCUCAUCAACGGUCAUGGCAUUGCCUCCUCCUCCUCCAGCUUCCGCCUUCUCAUCGUCAAACCCAGAGAGAGAGCAGCCACUUCCAUCUUCACUCGACAUUUCGAGCUGGAAUAACGGAGAGGACAACCUGAGAAGCUCAGACACUGACAUCAACGCAUCUUUACCGGCCCACUGAGUUUCCCAGAGCUGAUCAGGGGUAAAAAAAUUAGGUUUCCGGACUAACUCUGUACCGUACAAUCUUUAGAAGAAGGGUGGUUGAAGCCGAAUGUUACUGUACGCCUUUCUUGUACGCCAAGUUAAUCAUCUGUCCUUUAGUAAACAACCUGACCUGAGCUUCUUCUAUUUAUUGUAAUAGAACCUGCCAGUUUCCGUUGAAUUUUAUUCCCUUUUUUAGUUGCGGAUGA